ACUGAUAACGGUGGUCGGUUUGCAGCGCGGACAAUGAAAUUCGUGACGUUCGACAAGGUUCCGGGCGUAUUGUGUAUUUUAGCGGCUCGACGGCGACCGAAAACCCGAUGGAAGUCGACCACGACGACGACGACGACGACGACGAUAACGAUGACGAGUACGCGACGUUAUCCUGCCAGUGGCCGGGCGCGGCGGUUGCGACUGCGGUGCACCUGAAAGCGACGUUUUUCGACCGACAGCGGACGACGGUGUUCCGGGCCAACGCCGUGAUCGUCGGGCACGGCGCAGCGGCGGAUUCGAACGGCGCGUACGAAGGGUGCGUGCUCCGGGAACAAGCCGCGACGGCCAGCGGCGGACGUGUCAAGUCCAGUACCGGCGACGAUGCGGAAAACGUACGCGUGUGGCUGCGGGACGCGCGUGCCGCACUGUUCGGUCGCGGCGACGACGACGGGACGCGUGCCGCCGAAUACGUGUACGCUUUGCAGACGCCCAGCGGCGGAAACGACCCGGCACCAUUGUCGCUGCGGCUCUCGUGGAAAAUGAAACUGCGCCCGAUCGGCCUGACGGUCCUGGGCUCCGUGCAGCUGUUUAGGGUGCCCGGCCACGGUCUAGCAAGUCUGGCGCCCGUGAGCUCCAGGUUCAUCGGGCCUCUGAUCCGGUGUCUGUUGGAAGAACGCGAACGACACCGACAGGCCGACCUCCGGGCGGCCGCGAAUGCUGAGCAGCUGUUGGACGACAACCGUCGGCUGUUGGAUCGGUUGCGAUCAGCGGCCGACAGCCGACAGCAAGAUGAUCGCAGGCUGAUUUCCCGAUUCGUUGAGGUGUUGAACGCGAAAAAACGACGACUGGUCGCAAUACAACAAGAGUUAUCCGAGCUGAAACAACAACAACAACGCAUCGGGUCGAUGGCUGUUACCGAUACCGAAUCGCGGGAAAUAACUGUUCAACAGCGAGGUCGAAAAGCCAAGUCAAACACUACGCCUUAUGGUAAACAGUUAAAUGACACUCCAGUGGUAAUAAAAAAGAGACGACCAAGAACGAUGCAGUCUAGUGACAAUAAAUGGUGUUCAAUCUUGCCUGAAGAAGAGGAACAGAGAGUUGAUGACGUAGAAAUUGUAAAACAAAACAAUGAAGGUAAGGAACUGAAUAGACUGGAUAAAAAUAUAAAAAUGGAUGAUAAAAGCAGCUCCCAUAUCAUUAAUAUUGAUCGUGGUACCUCUGAUGAACGUCUAGAAAUGGGAUCUCCUAGUGCUGUAGAUGUUUUUGAUGCUGACACCCAAAUAGACUAUCCUGAUAAUGAUGAAAAACAGCCACAGCAAGUUGAUCUAAUGGAAAUUAACCGAAAAAGUAGUUCGGUUGUUAAUAAUAUUAAUAAUAUUAUACCUAGUGUUAUAGAUUUAAAAACAGCUGCAGGCUCUCCUGAAAUUAUGGAUUAUUUUACUGCUGACACACUAGAUGACGGUCCUGUCAACAACACUACUCCUAAUAGUUCACCUCCGUGGUUUCAACAACAAACAACCGAUACUGAAAUGCUGCAGAAAUCUCCGAACAAAGACUUUGGUUGCCAACAACCUAAAAUGAAUAAUUCACCUCCGUGGUUUCAACAACAAACAACUGAUACUGCAAUGCUGCAGAAAUCUCCGAACAAAGACAUUGGCUGCCAACAAACUAAAAAGAAGAAUGUGCUUGAUGAUCUUUGGUCAGGCAUUUUGUGACUUAAGAGGUGUUAUUAAGGAAAAAAAAUUAUUACUUUUUAUAUUUUAUUGCAUUAUGAUUUAUA